AUGGCAAAAGCUUCGAGGUCUGAAAGUUUACUAUUGGAGAUUAUAAACAGCUCCGAGAAUUCGAAUAAGUGUGGGGAAUGUGGCUCUUGUUAUCCGACUUGGGCCAGCUGGAACUUGGGAGUUCUCCUUUGUGGAAGGUGUGCAUCUCUUCAUAGAGUUUUAGGUUUUGAUGUUUCAAGGGUGAAAUCUCUUUCUUUGGAGGAAUGGAAUGAAAAGGAGCUACAGCAGCUUAAGGUUUUGGGCAACAAAAAGAAUACGAAGAAAUGGAAUCCCAAAAGAAUUCCUUUCCCUUUUGACGAAGACGAUAAAACUGGGAUGGAAGCGUGGAUUAAAGACAAGUACAUAAAGGGAAAAUUCCUAAAUGAAUCAUAUGAAGAACUGGAUUAUAAUUUGGGAUAUCCGCGUUCUUCAACUAAGUCAGCAUCGAAAAGCCCUAGUUUUGAGUCCGAUGAUUUUUCAAGAAUCGGAAACAGAUCCUAUACAAAACUUUCAUCCUCCAAGACGGAAUCAAGACAUAAUUCCGAAGUACCACCUCCUCUGCCUCGCAGAAGAGAAAAUUCCUUAACAGCAAACAAGAUUACCACGAUUAAUUCGGAAACUGACUGGUUGAGUAGACCAUCGAGUUCACCUGCCCCCGCACACCAUCAACAGUCAACAUUCCAGCCAAUGAUUAUCUCUGAAGCACCUGAUCAAACCUUCAUGCAGCCACAGAUUUACCAGUAUGUUGAUCCGAUUGAUGGACUGCUCAAGUAUGUGGACCAAAAUGGACAGCAAUAUAUUGAUUCAGCUCAAUAUCAAAAUUUCUAUCAGUCUUAG